GAGCGACUCCGGGGCACGCCCCUCUCCCGCCUGCGGCUCCGGACCGGCGCAGGCGCGAGCCGGGAAGAUGGCGGUGGCUGGAGCGGGUCGCUUGAGGCGGGCGGCCUCUGCCCUACUCCUCCAGAGCCCCCGCCUGCCCGCCCGGGAGCUGUCAGCUCCGGCCCGGCUCUAUCACAAGAAGGUUGUGGAUCAUUAUGAAAAUCCUAGAAAUGUAGGGUCUCUUGACAAGACAUCUAAAAAUGUUGGAACUGGAUUGGUGGGUGCUCCAGCAUGUGGUGAUGUCAUGAAAUUACAGAUUCAAGUGGAUGAAAAGGGGAAAAUUGUAGAUGCCAGGUUUAAAACAUUUGGCUGUGGUUCCGCAAUUGCCUCCAGCUCCUUAGCCACGGAAUGGGUGAAAGGGAAGACGGUGGAGGAAGCCUUGACCAUCAAAAACACAGACAUUGCCAAGGAGCUCUGCCUUCCGCCCGUGAAACUGCACUGCUCUAUGCUGGCAGAAGAUGCAAUCAAGGCCGCCCUGGCUGAUUACAAACUGAAGCAAGAACCCAAGAAAGGAGAUGCAGAGAAGAAAUGAGUCCUUCGCGCAGCUCCAGGAGGUCGAGUAACUGUUUGCCCACCGCUGUGCGAACACUUUCAACAUCCAGAAGCUCCUCACACUGCUUAAAAGAGGCUGUGAGAUAUGCACAAUAUUUGCCAUCCACAUUGUGGCUUCCAAUGCAAGCAAAAUAUACUGUUUAAUUGCUCUGCAUCCUGUGGUUUCUUUCAGCUCACUUUCAUCGCCUUAACACAUUUAAUGUAUAUUUUGAAUUAUAAGUAUGGCUUCACAACUGAAAUCAAUGAAGUCUAAAGUUUUGAUAGCCCACAAAGUGUAUAAACAUCUUAUUCUACCUAAAUCUAUUUUGGAGAAGGUUACCAGUAGAAUGCCUUGGUCUGAUUACUUGAUAGAACCAAUUACUGUACAUAAAACAGAUCUGCAUAUAUAUAUUAUAAUAAAAGAAUGUAAGAUGA